AUGAGUAAACCUAAAUCGAACACCAAAAAAUCAUCCAAAAACAUUCGCAGCGUUUUAGCUCAACCAUUUAACAGUACAUGGCCUCGAAUUCCGGACAAUGAUAUCAACCGGUGCUCGCUGUUACUUCAAAACGUAGAAAGAAAACACAUCAUUGCCGGCUGUAAUGGCGUCAUAAAGUUGCUCGAAAAAGGUGCACUUGCAGCAUUCUUUGUGCUGGACAAUUUUAAUCCACAAAUAUUUGCCAAACUCAUAAUUCAAAUGGCACGAAAGCGUAACCCGUCGGUGCUUGUGCUUACACUACCCUCUUUUCCGAAUGAUGUGUGCCGAACGAGUGUAAUGAUGGGUAUCAAAAAACCUAAAGAUAAUGAGCAAAGCGAACCGGUUCAGGCACUGCUGAAAUGGAUGAAAAAGGUGUCGAUAAACAGCGGAUUUAUAACCGAAAAGCCCAAGGAAGGACUCAAAAAUAAGAGGAAAGUACCACUGCCGAAAGCUAAGUCACCUAACGAUACACCUAUGACCGAUGCGGAGGUGGCGAAGUUAUACGUUUUCGAACCGAAGGACACGAUUGCGACAGAAACACAACAAAAAAAGCGUGUUGCAAAAGAAAUGGAACAUUUUAUUUCCUUUUCCGAUAACGCUAGUAGUAUUAUUGUGUCUAAAAACGAGUAUCAACAGCAAACGAACGAACCUCGCAAGAAACCAUUCACUAAUCAGAAACUGCCGAAAGGUGAAACGUACCUACCCCUGACCGUGAAUCGUGUUCAAGGAAAUCCCGAUCGUGUCGAACACAAGAAGAAAAGAAGAAAUCAAUAAAACCA